UUAUCAAUAAAACUUAAAAACACGAGUUACGCAUUUUUCUUAAUUACUUACCUAAUUUUUGUAAAAACAAUAGUUUCUUCUAUUAAAUUGUUAAUAAAAAGCUAGCAAAAUGAUUCAACAACAACGUCAACGUAUCGAACAAGCCGUCACCGAAAUGAUCGAUGAUAUGGAUAAAACACAUCUACGCAAAAUGCAGACAGAUAUGCAUUUAUGUGCCGCCAAAUGUUGUCAAGACACCAGUGCCAGUGUGGACAGUGUACAACGUUGCGUUGACAGAUGUUCCCAGCCAUUAACUAGAGCCCAAAAUUAUGUACAACAUGAAUUGGGUGAAUUUCAGGGCAGAUUACAAAGAUGUGUAAUGCAAUGCAACGAUGAUAUUAAGGUAAAAAUGCCAGCUAAUCCUAAAGAAGAUGAUAUCGCUAAAUUUACCGAUCAAUUUGAGCGUUGUGCUAUAAAGUGUGUAGACAAACAUGUUGGCUUAAUACCCACAAUGAUGAAAACUAUGAAAUCCGUAUUGGCUAAGGGUCCUGAAGCCAUACCACAAGUUUGAGUGGGUUGUUAUUUAAUUUCGCAAUUAAAUUGUUUAUUAUUGUUUUUAAUUGGAAGCGAAUAUUUUUAUUGAUUAAAAAGUUAAAGUUUAUCUUUUUUUCGAAAUAAAAAAUAUGACAAGCA